GAAUAAAUACAGGCCCCUGUAGCUCCCAGCUCCACUUGUUUGCGCAGAGAAGACCCAACCCCAAGAGAAGAUGAGAGUCCAGAUGCUGGCUGUCCUGCUCCUGUUCGUGUCCCUCCUUUGUGCCGAGGGAAUCCACGGAGCGUCCCUGGCUGGGGGCUCGGAUUCCCAGCACUCGGAGGAAGGACUAGGAGAGUCCAAGGUGAUGGUGAAGAGAGAAGCGGCUCAGAGUUUCGCUGCCUGUCGCUUCUGCUGUAACUGCUGUAGGAUGAGCGGCUGUGGUUUCUGCUGUGACUUCUGACCCCCUUUGCUCGCCACCCUGUGGGCACCGUGAGGCUCCCCAGCCUUUCCUGGGAGCAGAUCGAAGCCAGCCUGGGGCUGAAUUUGCCUGGGUUCAGGGGGACGCUAACCCUCCUGCUCAGCCCCAAUAAAGUGUCUGCCUAGA